UGGAAGUUUCGGACUUCUACGACUGACUACGUGGGGACUCAGCGGCGCCCAGAAAAAUGAAGCCGACCCAGCCCUACCCCGAGGGACGCUCUGCAAGGGCGGAGGUGCUGGGAGGGCCCGGCCACCAGCCGCUGUAACGUGAGCCAGGCUCCGGCGGAAGGGCGGCCAGGGCUGAUCACAGGCUGGCUCGGGACGGGGAGAGAGGGGCAGAGCGCACUUCGUCCUCCCCGGCUGAGGCCGCCGGCGUCGCGGAGGAGGUGGAAUUGGAGCAGAGCCUCCAAGGUCACGGAGAGACGCCAGAAAAGGCCUUUGAAGAAAGAACCUCCUCGGGGUUUGAAGGGCAGGUGUCCUCAAGAUCUGAGAAGCCCAGGAAAGAAGGGAGGGGGGCGGGGCCCGGGGCUGGGGCUCGGUGUCGACUCGGGAAUCUUCGGCCGAGGCUCGGCAAUCCCCCUACCUCCCCCUCGGGCCCCUAGCCCGGGACCCAUCCGGAAACAGCCGAGCGGAUCCGGAAAUAGCCGAGAGGACCCGGAAGCUGUGAGCGCCUACACCCGGGAGUUCGGGAAUCCGGCGUUUGCGCUGAAGCGAUGGCGGCAGCUGCGCCGGCGGCUGCGGGCGAGGGCGGGCGGCGGCGGCCGGGGACCGCGCUGGACCCCCAGCCCCAGCACGGGGAAAAGGUUGAGGCCGAGUCGGGUGAGCUCGGCCGGCUUCGAGCUGAACUGGCAGGCGCCCUGGCGGAGAUGGAGACCAUGAAGGCUGUGGCGGAGGUGAGCGAGAGCACGAAGGCCGAGGCUGUGGCUGCCGUGCAGCGACAGUGCCAAGAGGAGGUGGCCUCCCUGCAGGCCAUCCUGAAAGACUCCAUUAACAGCUACGAAGCCCAGAUCGCUGCCUUGAAGCAGGAGCGGCAGCAGCAGCAGCAGGACUGCGAGGAGAAGGAGCGGGAGCUGGGCUGCCUGAAGCAGCUGCUGGCCCGGGCCCACCCCCUGGACUCCUUGGAGAAGCAGAUGGAAAAGGCCCAUGAGGACUCAGAGAAACUGCGAGAGAUCGUGCUGCCCAUGGAGCAGGAGAUCGAGGAGCUGAAGGCAAAACUGCAGAGGGCAGAGGAGCUGAUUCAAGAGAUCCAGAGACAUCCCCGGCAGCUCCCUUCACUUCACGGCUCCACAGAGUUGCUGUCCGUGUCCCGGGACCCCUCUCCCCCACUGGAGCCUGCAGAGGAGCUGAGUGGAGAUGGGGGUGCAGCGGCUGAGGCCUUCGCCCGCAACUGUGAUGACAGCGCCUCCAUCUCCUCCUUCUCCCUCGGCGGUGGGGUCAGCAGCAGCGCCUGCCUGCCCCGUAGCCGCCAGGGCCUGAGCCCUGAGCAGGAAGAGACAGCCUCUCUGGUGUCCACGGGCACCCUGGUCCCUGAGGGCAUCUACCUGCCCCCACCGGGUUACCAGCUUGUCCCAGACAACCAGUGGGAGCAGCUGCAAACGGAGGGUCGGCAGCUGCAGAAGGACCUGGAGAAUGUCAGCCGUGAGCGGGACGAGCUACAGGAGGGCCUCAGGCGGAGCAAUGAGGACUGUGCCAAGCAGAUGCAGGUGCUCCUGGCCCAGGUCCAGAACUCAGAGCAGCUGCUGCGGACCCUGCAAGGGACUGUGAGCCAGGCCCAGGAGCGGGUUCAGUUGCAGAUGGCAGAGCUGGCCAUGUCCCACAAGUGCCUGCACCAUGAAGUGAAGCGGCUGAAUGAGGAAAACCAAGGGCUCCGAGCUGAGCAGGUGCCAUCGUCAGCCCCCCAGGGUCUGGAGCAGGAUGAGGGUGAGGAGCAGUCGCUGCCCAGCUCAGUGCCGGAGCUACAGCAGCUGGUGCGACACACACGACAGGAGGCAUGGGCCCGGCAGCAGACCCAGGAGCAUGAGGCCGAGCGCCUGCGGAUCGAGAUCGUGACACUGCGGGAGGCGCUGGAGGAGGAGAUGGCGGCCAGGGUCAGCCUGGAGGGGCAGCUGAGGCUGCAGCGGGAGGAGACAGAGGUGUUAGAGGCCUCCCUGUGCAGCCUGAAGACAGAGAUGGAGCGGGUCCAGCAGGAGCAGAGCAAGGCCCAACUCACAGACCUCCUCUCAGAGCAGAGGGCUAAGGUGCUGCGGCUGCAGGCUGAGCUGGAGACCAGUGAACAGGUGCAGCGGGAUUUUGUACGACUGUCCCAGGCUCUGCAGGUGCGCCUGGAGCAGAUCCGCCAGGCAGAGACUCUGCAGCAGGUGCGCAGCAUCAUGGAUGAGGCACCCCUGAGGGACAUCAGGGACAUCAAGGAUACCUGAGGAGCCAGGACAUGAACCCUCCAACUCUGGUCCCUGGGGAACACUGCCCUUCUCCCCUCCAGAACUGUGAGGCCUGGGCUUUGGGGGGGGGGGUCUCAGGAUGGAGUCUUCACCCUCCCCCUACCUGGGGUUGAUCUGAUCAGGCCACUGAGGCCCUGUCUCCCAGCAUGUCCUCCCAGGGGUGGCUAGGCCAUCUGCUCUCAGUGAUGACAUCUGGGUGAGGGUCCAAUCCCCUCCUGGACCAAAGGUGCGGGCUCAGCCCUACAGCUUUCUGGCUGCCAUGCUGCCUCUUGCCUGGCCCCCAGCCAGCCAACAGCCACGUCUGUCACCGCCUGUCCCCCUCCCCAAGGUGCAGCUGAGCCUGUGGUGCUGGGAGCCCCUGUCAGCCAGCCAGUCCCCCACACGUGCCCUGGGACAGGCAGCUGCUUUCUGGACUGCAUGACACUAAGAUGCUUGUCCACAGGGCCCAACCCGGGCCCCAAGAUGUGCAUGGAGGCGAGGCCGGCCAGACUUUUCUGUCAUUUAUUUUCAAUAAAUAAGCAGCUCAGUUCA